GCAUUAUCUUGCCUAAAUCUUGUCGCACUGAAAACAAUGUGCAUCCAAUGUGGACGACUUCGUGACCAACCGGAAUUACUGUACCUUCGUGAUAUAGGUCACUGCUCUAGCGUCGCUCAUAGUGUGGUUGUCGCCACUCGAAUGAGAGUGAGCCUGACGAAUGGUUGCCAGCGGACCGUUCUCGAUUGAUCCCCAAAUGUUAUUCAAUAUAGCAAUCACAAUACGUCGAGUGUGACCAUGUGGGACACCGCCCUUCUUGUUACCGUAUUGACCUGCCAUCAGUUGCUUUGACAUCAAACAAAAAUAGCUGCCGGGCCAAAGAACUUUCAGUGAGUAUAUAACUCUAUGGCCUGGUACUAACUCCUGCAACUUGACGUUGCUCGUUACCGGAUAACGCGUAUCGUCUUGCUAUUGCCACUUAUCGUGAUUUUCUCUGUGCCAUUUCUUUCGGCUUCUACCUUCUGGCGUACAUUAUGUCUGGCUCUACAGUUGAAGCCGUUUCUCCUACUUCGUUAUCCGGCAGGAUUCGAGACUUUCUCAGCCCCAAGGCUAAGGCUUCUGCUCUUCCAUCGUCGGCCACGAAUUCGACCUCGACGCCACUCACGGCUCAGUGUCCUAGUCGUAUUCCCGUUCGCAAGAAGCGUAGCUUCGGCAAUGUCUCGAAGGACGAUGAAAGAAGUCAUGUAACAAGUCCCCGUGCUAGGAGUCGCCAGCGUAGGGAUUCCACGUCUUCAGUUUCUUCCGUCGCUACCAUCAAGCCCAAGACGAUCUCAAAACAGUCGAGCAGGGACAGCGUCCGGACUAUCACUGAAUCCUCUUCCAAGUUGCGACGCACCAGUUCUUCCGUGUCUCUCAAGCUCCAACCUGGUCGUGCAGCACCUGCAAAAGCUGUUCUGACACGUACGACUUCUCACAACGCAGUACAAUGUUCGCCCUCUACCCAAGACAUCAUUCCCCUUCCCGUGAAGAUCGCCGCCGAAAAGCGCUCUACGAAACGGUUGUCCAAGGAGAGAGCCACAGAAAACACGACCACGUCUUCGCGGGAAGUGACUCGAGGAAGAAGGAGGGGUCUUGCUCGUACUACGUCUGACCAUGAUUUCCCAAUAGUGACUCUAGCAGAUGAAAUGUCGGCCUCAGAAAGUCGGGACGAACAGCCGAGCUCUUUCGCGCUCGCCAUGGCUUCCGCUCCUACACCCACUACGUCUUCCGGCUCUUUCAAACGCACCACCAAAGCAUCUGCUGACGAGGACGCGAUGCUGACCAAGGCUUUGGAAUACCUGGUAAAUGAGACGGAUGACGAUGAUGUCGAUGCUGCACAGUUCCGUGCCCUCCUGGAGCAGUCCGUCUCUUCUCCCGUAUCAGCGACGCCGAGCCCGGUUUCACCUGUGAAGAGUCUUGUCCCUGGUCCUUCUGGCAACACUAUGGCCUUCUCCUUCUCUCAGAUUGCGAAGACUAUGGUCCUUCCACAACGAUUCAAGGUUUCGCUGAUUCCGAUCCAUCGCCACUGGGCAAUCUGGGAUUGCAGUGCGGGGGACACAAUCAUUUGGCUCGCAGUCCUGGCUAUCGCCGAUACUAAGGCAAAAGGGAAUGAAUUUAGAGGUCGCGUUCCGAUUCAGGCCGUCAAUAUCGAGUUCCGCAGCGUUGACGGGAGGAUCUCUGAACAGUUCAUCAACGGUGUCAGCGUCCAGUUUCCUCAAGAGUCAUCUGAUGAUCAAGUUUAUUCUCACUUUACCGUCAACUAUAUCGGACACACUGCUCGUCGCAGCAAGGCCAAGAAGGAACUCAGUGAAUCCACCGGAAUCUGCAUCGAAAACACCUGGCAUUGUGGACCUUUCCCCGAUUCCAGAAAGAAGUUCAGCGUCGAGCUUUCUGAGGAUACUACUUACGCGGCCUUGGUCUACGUUCCGAUCCCUCUUCGACUUUUCCAUUAUGAAAGUCGUUUCUUCACCAUGAGGGCUCGAGUUACUUUUGGUGACAUCAUGUUGCAUCCAUCGGUUGGUUAUUCCGCCGAAGAACAAGUCUUGAUUGAGCAUCUGAACUCGAAUACUCAUUUGUAUGGGGCUAACUCGACGCAUCCCAAGUCGCCCUGAAUCCCCAGCCUGCAAGAUUAUAUGAAGGAGAAUCAUUUUACUUUUCUACGAACUUAUACAAUCCUCCGUUCUACACUUUUGUUUUGUCGAGGAUUGGAAACCAUCAUGUCAUUCUUUCAAACAUAUGUAUAUGCAACAUCUUUCGUCGAAAUAUAACAUGUUCACUGCC